AGGAAAUCAGAGUGCCUGCUGUAAACCACAGGCUUUUGCUGUGUACCUGACAAACCUCUUGAUUUAAAGGUACAGCGAAAGCUGAGAACUGCAUGGAUUCAAACGAUUGAUUACCUUUGGUCAGGUGCCAGACUAUUGCAUUGAGCCAGUGCUUUAACCAUCUGAGCCAAAACUGAUCAACCUGUUUGGGUCUAUAGUAAUAGUACCAGGUGUAUGGAUUAUUAUGCUGUUGGUAUUAAAUAAGAUUAAUACAUGUAUGAGUACCGGAUAAGUUAAUUGUAGUUUUUGUUUUCAGCUAUUGAUCAGCUUUUAAAUCCUGUCACUUCAACUUAAAUUGGGACCAUAGUACUAGUACAGAAAUUCCUCAAAUCAUUGAUUUUUAUUUUUUUAAAUUUUUAAAUUUUUUUUUGUUUGCCAACUUGCUACUAACUACCACCUUGUACUAUAAGUGAAUCUCAAACAUGGCAGCCAGGAUAACAUGAAAUGCCUAUCAAUGUUUGAUUAAGAUCAUCCCCACUAUUCCCAGGCAUUCUGUUAACCAGAAUACAGAAGGAUUUCAAUAUAAAGUCUAUAUAUGUGUAUAUCUCCCUUGGGGUAGGCCAACAUUGAUUUAAAAUUUUCAAAAUGUUCAUGUUCUUUUAUGCUUACAGAAUGCUGAUCAUCAAUGGGAUGGGGUAUUUGAGAUUUAAGCUGCCUGUGGAUCAAAGCUGUUAAACCCACAUUCCAGCUAAGUUUUUUUUUUCUUCUGAGAUCCUCUAUCUGGCUCUGGUGCAACACUGACUUGGCCAUGUCAAAUGAUUCUCGGCGUAGACACACUGAUGAUUUGUACGACGAGAAUAACAUGGAGGUGUCCGAUGAAGAAUCUUCCGCUGUUGUUUAUAACAAAAGUAACCUAAAUUCUUGGAGGAAUUUGAUAGCAUUUUGGGUGCUUGGAUUAUGUAAUAACUUUGCUUACGUUGUUAUGCUGAGUGCUGCACAUGAUAUCCUGGAUCAAGAGGAAGCAGGGAGUAAUUCUACAUCAGUGAAUACCUCCACAGGGAAUCUGGUUCAUGAAGUCAGUGGCAAUGACAGCACUUUGUUGGAGUGCAAUCCAAUAGGGACAGGUGCUAUUUUAUUGGCCGAUAUUCUCCCUACCUUAGUUGUGAAAUUGACGGCGCCAUUUUACAUUCAAGUCAUUCCUUACAGAAUCAAGGUGAUAUUGGUAAUUUUGUUUGCAUUGGGAAGCUUUCUAUUGGUUGCUUUGUCACAGACAAUUCCUCUAAGCAUAUUAGGUGUAGUUUGUGCCAGCAUAAGUGCUGGGCUUGGUGAGCCAACCUUUUUAGGCCUCUCAACUUUUUUUGAUAGAAACGUCAUAUCAUCAUGGUCAUCUGGGACAGGGGGUGCAGGAGUCCUGGGGGCCUUAUCAUAUGCUGGGCUGACCUCUCUUGGUGUUUCACCCAGAACUUCUGUCCUCAUCAUGACGUGUGUACCUGUCCUAAUGGCAUUCAGUUAUUUUGUUCUGCUUGACAAACCUGAUACCGUUUAUGGGGAGAAAAUAGAUUCUGACGCAGAAGGCUUACUCUCGGGAAAAGACAAAUAUUAUUAUGGACCAUUAACAUGGAGACGAAAACUUCAAGUAGCAAAGCCACUUCUGUACUAUAUGGUUCCCCUGACACUGGUCUAUUUUGCUGAAUACUUCAUCAACCAGGGGCUGCAUGAAGUUUUAUACUUCAAUGGCAUAUGGCUUUCUCCAAAGGAGCAAUACAGAUGGUUCCAGGUGGAUUAUCAGAUUGGUGUCUUUAUAUCCCGGUCAUCUGUGAAUUUCAUAAAGAUAAAUCAUUUAUGGGCCCUUCCAGUGUUACAGUUUGUGAACCUGAUUAUUCUGCUGACCCAGGUGUUGUACAGAUACAUUCCAAAUGUGUGGAUAGUCUUUGCAAUCGUACUCUUUGAGGGUUUAUUAGGAGGUGGAGCUUACGUCAACACCUUUUACAAGAUGUCAAAAGAAAUCCCUCCUGAAAUCCGAGAGUAUAGCCUGUCAGUUGCUACUAUUUCUGACUCCGCAGGAAUAGCAGUGGCUGGAGCUGUAGCUAUUCCAGUACAUAAUGCAAUCUGCAGCCUGAAUAUCCAUAUUCCUUAAAAGCGGAAUAUGUGGAAGUGAACAAAUGUGAUUAUGAAAAGAACAAUGUAGAUCAAUACUUCAUGAUUUGCAUAUUUCCUCCAUAAUUCAUACGUGAGCAUGAUAACAACAUGAAAAUGAAAGAAUGUCAUUUAAAAUAUAGAUGAUAGUCAAAGGGCAUGAUGUUUAUGCUUGUAAAUCGAAUGCAGUUUGAAGAAAUAUUUUAAGCAUCAAACUGUACUUGUAUAUUCAUUUGGUAGGUAAUGAUUCUGCCAUGUUUUUAAUUUUGUGACAAAUGAGUUAAUUUUUAUUGAAAAGAUUAUGGCAGUAAUUUUCUGAGAUUUUUGUGCUGCAUGAAUUAUUUAUAUGUAAUACUGGGUACAGUACAGUAUUUCACCUAAAGUUUGUUAUGGAAAAAUGCACUUUUAGAAGCACAUUAAGGUGUUAAAAUGAUAAUUUUGAUGCCAAAAGUUUUCCUGACAAGAAAUUAAUGAGGUAAACUGAAGCCUCACAAUAUACUUCAUGGGUGAUAGAUAUAGGAGUAUAUUGAAAAGAGGAAAGAUUAUUCUCACUGGAAAAGUAAUCUGGUUACAAGGAAAAGUAAGAAGCUGGGCCAAGUUCCACCAAGAUGUCGCAUGUAUACGAUAAUUGCAUGUAUAGGACAAUGGUAUGGUAAUAGUGACGUACAAAAUAACGUAUGACAAGUGUACGGUAAAAAAUGUUGUACACUGCUUUGUGAAACUAGGCACUAGUUCUUAAAGACUGCCUGGUAGCAAAAAGCAUUUGUUUCAUGUGGAAAUAUUUUUAAUUCAUAAAUUGGAUUGAAUAUUUCUGUGGCUCAGGGCAAUUAGUUGUAUGAACCACCCUUUUUCACCAGAAAUAUGCACCAGGUAUUCCUCCUAAGAUUAAGCUGUUGGUAAAAUGCAUGUAGGUAUCAGUAUAUUUGAACAAGUUUCAGCUCAUGGUCUCGAGAGAAAGAACUGAACCUGUAAUAUGUGCAAUACUGGGACCUCAAAUAGUGUGUUUGGACAGAUGUUGUAAAGCGAUGAUCUCAUACAUGUUUCAUAAAAAGAUAUCUUUGAAGUAAAUUUUAUAGUGGAUGUACAUGUAUUAUUAUUAUUGACACUUCUAAUUAAUUUUUGUCAUAUCAAUGUGUAAUUUGUAUGAAGAAUGAAGGGAUGCAAUGUACCUACACUUUCUGGGUUUAAACAGAAAUUUAAGUUCAGAUCUGUUGGCUGUUGGUCAUAAAUUGAAUGUAUCUUCUGAUUUUAUCCAUUUCUUUAAAUUUGUUUGUGGAACUGAUCUAAUUUGGUACAUUAAUUGUUACUUUACUAAGCUGGGUAAAGGGAAUAGGUACAUUUAUGCGGCACAAAAUGUUGUCCAAUGAACCACUUUUCUGUCAGAGUAUUGACUUUCUUCAAACAUUUAGAUUGCUCAUAAUGUCAAUUAUAUUUUGUCAAUUCGGCACUAUCCACUUAAUUACUUUUAUAUUGCUGUUUAAAUAAGCCAGAUAGCCACACGAUCAUUGAUGCGUAUAGUACAGCAUUGCAGUGUUCGGCGACUGCCCAGAACUCAACUCCAGUCCAAUUUCUUAAAAUGUAUUUUUCGACUUUAAAUGUUACGACGAGCGGAAUAAAAUACUCAGAUUUUGCUGAACUAUGUGUAAAUUCCGAAUGUUAUGAUGCUUUUACACAGUUACUAGUACAUGGAUUUGUUUGUCCCACAGCAAGGAAAUCUUUAUCAUGCACUCUGGAAACAGCUAUCCAGCUUAUAGUUAAGCCCUAAAGUUACAGUGAUAUCACAGGUUUACUACAUUUAAGUUUUACUCCCUCAGUGAGGAAUCUGUUAAAGCUAU